AUGGUAUCACUUUACCGGUCAAGAGAAAAAAUAGCACUAACUGUUGUAGUAUAUCCUACUUCUGCUUAUGUUUUACAACCUGGUAUUUCACAUCCAAACCUUCCACCUAAUAAUACAAAUGGUUAUCUCAUGCAAGAAUUAUCAUUAAGAUAG